AUGCCCUCCCCUGGCAAGCCCCUUAUCAACGUUGGUACAAUUGGUCAUACUGAUCAUGGCAAGACAACCCUGACGGCUGCCAUCACCGCCAAAUUCGGCACCACCUGCAUGGCCGACGACCAGACCGACAACACGCUCAAGGAGAUAGCCCAUGUCGAGUACGAGACCAAGGCUCGCCGAUAUAGACACAUUGACUGGGCUGAUCAAGCCGAAUACACCAAAAACAUGCUCAGCGGCGCAGCGCAGAUGGACGGCGUGAUCCUGGUCGUGUCGGCCGAGGACGGCCUGAUGCCACAGACACGCGAGCAGAUUCUGGUAGCGCGGCAAGCGGGAGUGUCGUACAUCCUCGCAUUCAUAAACAAGUGUGACAUGGUCGAUGACACGGAUCAGCUCGAGCUAGUAGAGCUAGAAGUGCGCGACCUGCUCAACAGUCACGGCUUCCAGGGCGACAACAUGCCGAUCAUCAAGGACUCGGCGAGACAGGCGCUGGAAGGGGGGUUGGACGAGAGCGAUCUGGGUGAGCGCGCCAUCGUACACCUGGUGGAGGCCUUGGACGCGUACAUCCCGGUGUCCGUGCCUGCGGUGGAUCGCCCGUUUUUGAUGCCGGUGGAGGACGUGUUCUCAGUCGCGGGUCGCGGCACAAUAGUCACAGGUAGAGUGGAGCGCGGCAUGAUCCGGGUCGGCGACGAUGUUGAAAUCGUGGGCUUCGGCGCAGUGGUCCGGACGACGUGCAAAGGCGUGGAAAUAUUCCGCAAGUCCUUGGACCAAGGCCGGGUAGGGGAGACCGUGGGUGUCUUGCUACGUGCUAUCAGGCCUGAGGAUGUCAUUCGCGGUCAUGUGCUGGCCAAGCCGGCCCAGAUCAGGAUGUGCACGGAUUUCACGGCGCAUAUGUACGUGCUGCGCAAGGAAGAGGGCGGUCGCCACACGCCGUUCUUCAAUCACUAUCAGGCGCAGUUCUUAAUCCGCAUGACGGAGAUGACGGGCUCGAUUAUGUUGCCGGAGGGUAUGGUAAUGAUAGUGCCAGGUGAUAGCCCGUCUAUCACGGUCAAAUUGAUCGCGCCAACCGCCAUGGAGGAAGGCCUGCGCUUCACCAUCCGUGAGAGUGGGAGGACAGUAGCCAGUGGUGUCAUUACCUCUAUCCUCGAGUAG